UCUUUCCUCCUCCCCCAACAAACCCACAACCCAAGACCCGUUUUUGACCCGAACCCAUUUCCCCAACAAUGCUCAAAAACCUCCUCCGCCUCUGCUCCCGUCUCCGGUGGCCGGCCCGCCGCCGCUCCCCGACCAAAGUGGUCAUCAAACGCUUCUCCAAAACCAAAACCAACUCCAACUCCCACCUCCACCACGAACCCACUUCCAACGGCCCCUCGUCGGCGACGGUCCACCCCAACGGCCAGCCGGAAACAGAGAAUCCCCCGCCGCCGCGGCCCAUUCGGGUCGCCACUUUCAACGCAGCACUUUUCUCAAUGGCGCCGGCGAUUCCGACGCCGGAGAAACCGGAGCGAGACGAAAACGGCCUCGUUAAGGAUAUAAAGAACGCUACUUGCAGACCCAAAUCGGCGAUGGACCGACCCAAGAGCAUCUUAAAGCAGUCGCCUUUACACCCAAACGCGAUGAAGAGCUCAGAGAAUCAGAAAACGCAACAGAAGUUCGUGAAAUCCAAGAUGAGGGUCUCGAUCAAUUUGCCGGAUAAUGAAAUCUCAUUGCUCAAAAGCAGACAGCUGAGCUUUGCUGAAGGCAGAGAGCUUGAUACUAGUAAUUCUUUAUCUUCUUUCUCCCCAAGUCGAGUUUCAAAAGGAAAAGGUCCGUUGAAGCCGAGUGUGAGCUUUCCUAAUAAUAUUGGGAACUGUGAAAAUGGAGAGUACUAUACAAGUCAUAGGACUGUUCUUGAGGUUUUGAGGGAAUUGGAUGCUGACAUUUUGGCUCUGCAAGAUGUGAAAGCAGAGGAGGAGAAGGAAAUGAAGCCUCUUUCGGAUUUGGCUGCUGCUUUGGGGAUGAACUAUGUGUUUGCUGAGAGCUGGGCGCCGGAGUACGGCAAUGCCAUCUUGUCGAAAUGGCCGAUCAAGCGGUCUAAGGUUCAGAAAAUCUUUGAUGACUCUGAUUUCAGGAACGUUCUGAAAGCCACCAUUGAUGUACCCCAAGCCGGAGAAGUCAACUUCCAGUGCACCCACCUUGAUCAUCUUGAUGAGAACUGGAGGAUGAGGCAGGUUAACGCUAUAAUCCAAUCGAGCAAUGAGCCUCACAUCUUGGCCGGAGGUCUCAAUUCACUAGAGGAAUCAGAUUAUUCUCAAGAAAGAUGGACUGACAUAGUAAAGUAUUACGAGGAGAUGGGAAAGCCAACACCCAAGGUCGAGGUAAUGAGGUACUUGAAGAGCAAGCAGUACACAGAUGCCAAGGACUUUGAAGGAGAAUAUGAGUCGGUAGUCAUGAUCGCCAAAGGCCAAAGUGUGCAGGGGACAUGUAAGUAUGGAACGAGGGUAGAUUACAUAUUAGCAUCCUCAAAUUCGCCAUACAAGUUUGUUCCCGGAUCAUACUCUGUCUUCUCAUCCAAAGGGACAUCCGAUCAUCAUAUAGUAAGAGUUGAUGUGCUCAAAUCGGUAAGUUGUUGUGAUCCAGGAAACGUCUCCACACGCAGGCAAAGAAAACAGAAAGUCAUAAAGAUAACGGAGACUACUCCAUCAAAAGGCAUAUGGAAAACACAGACAUGAUCAGAAAGAUACAAAUUAUUGACUUUAUUUAUUCCCCAAUUUAGUUUUUUAGUGUUGAUUUGUUAAAGGAGGGAGGGGCAGAUG